AUGAAAAGAGGAGAUCAGAAGCCAAUUCAAAAAAUCAAGAAAAUUUCUAUGGUUCAAAGUAUUUCUACGCAGCCAACUGACCUUUCUGCUGUUAGAAUAAUAGAUUACUCAAAAAAUAAUGAAAAGAAAAAUGAUGUAAAAAGAGAAGAGGAAAAAGAAAUGAAAGAAAAAAGAAAAGAACAAAGUAAAAGUCAUGAAAAAGAAGAAAUAGUUAAUGUUAUUGAAAAACCAAAAGAGGUAGAUAUGGGUAUAACAUCUUUUGUUAGAAAAGGAAAAAGUAUUAAUGGAUUAACAAAACAUCUUGUGAGUGAUUUUCAAGUACGUGAAAUUGGAUUAGAUAAUUCUGUAGCAGAUAUUAUUGAUAGAGAAAAUGUGAGAGGUGUUACAAAAAUUACAGAAGAAAAAGCAGAAGAGAUGUUUAAUAAAGAAGAAUGGAUAAAUAAAAUGAGAUCGGUUAUUGGAACAGAAGUAGAUGAAAUAGCUCCCAAAAUUUUUGAUGAGAAAGUAAAUUUAAUUGAAAUUAAAAAACCAUUAAAUAAAAAAGAAAGAACAGAGUUUCAUAUGAUUGUUAAAGAACUUCCAAAUUAUGAUUCAACAUGUGAUAAUGGAAUUCUUGUAUUAAAAAAAGGUGCAAAAAAAAUGCGUGGAGGAAGAGAAAAAAAUUCUAUUUUAAAAUGUGUUUUAAGGAAAUCUAAUAUUGAUACAGGUGAUGCUAUUCUUCGUAUUUCAAAAGCAUUGAAUUUAGGUAAAAAUGCUAUUUGUUUUGCUGGAAUGAAAGACAAAAGAGGAGUUACAUGCCAAUAUAUUACUAUUCCUGGAGUUAAACAAGAAUUAAUUGAAGAGAAUUUAAAAAAAAGUAUAUGUAAUGGAAUUACUUUAAGUCAAUUUGAACAUGUAGACCAUAUGAUUAAAUUAGGAGAUUUACUUGGAAAUGAAUUUAGAGUUAUUAUUAGAGAAAUUGAUAAUGUUGAUGAAGUUCUUAAAAAUUGUGAAAGUAUUAAAGAGUUUGGAUAUAUUAACUAUUUUGGACUACAACGAUUUGGUAGUUGUGGUACAACACAUUUAAUUGGAAAAGCAUUGUUAAAAGAAGAAUAUCAAGAAGCUGCUGAUUUAAUGAUGAAAGAAGGAAAUGAUACUUUUAGUGUUGCACAAGGAAAAAAAUAUUAUAAAGAACAUCAAUAUAAGUUAGCAUAUGAAGUCAUUCCAAUUAAAAGAAAUAUUGAAAAAGCUCUCAUGCAAGCAUUAUAUAAACAAGUUAAACUUGGAGUCAGUAUAAGUAAUGGAAUGUUUAAAACUGCAAUUGAUAAUGCAGUUGUUUAUAAAACUAAAUCAUUGUAUCUUCAUGCAUAUCAAAGUUAUGUUUGGAAUCAAGUUGUUUCUAAGAGAUUUGAAAAAUAUGGUAAUGUAGUAUUAGUAGGUGAUUUGUAUGAAACAAAACAAGGAACAAUUGAUUUUGUUACUGAGGAAUUAUUACCUUCAAUUUGUUUGCAUCAAGUUAUUAUUCCACUUCCUGCACAUGGAGUUACAAUGCCAAAAAAUGAAAUAAAAAAUUUCUUUGAUGAAGUACUUUCUAAAGAUGGGUUUACACUCGACACUUUCCCAACUAGAAUUUAUAACGUUGCGAUAACUGGAGAUCAGAGAAAAAUUGUUAUUCAACCAAAAGGAGUUGAGUAUCAGAUUAUUCAUUAUGGAAAUGUUGGGCAAGACCUUCUUGAUGAAAGAGGAUAUCUUAGAAGUGAUUACCAAAGUGGUGAUAGAACUGGACUUUGGAUUAAGUUCCAAUUAGAACCUUCUGCCUAUGCCACUAUGUUAUUCAGAGAAUUAUUAAAAAUGCCAACUGAUUUGGAUUGUCAAAAACAAUUAACUGAAGAAAUGAAAGAAAAAAUGGAAGAAGAAGAGCAUUAA